UGAUUGCACAUUUUCAUGACAACGCGUACCACUGUUAAAUUAAUUCUCAUCCCGACAACGGAAAAUCCGUACAAGCAUUUAAUCAAGCCCAUUCAAAUUGGAUCCAAGGAGUACAAAUAUUAUGAUAUAACAAAUGUCGGAGGAAAAUAUGACAGAUUACCCUUCUCGAUCAGAGUACUUCUGGAGAGUGCAAUUAGGAAUUGUGACGAAUUCAACGUGAAAAAGUCUGAUGUCGAGAAACUGUUGAACUGGGAAACAACCCAGACUCUUGAAGAUGGAACGGACUUAAAUUUUAAACCAGCCAGGGUAAUACUACAGGAUUUCACUGGAGUACCGGCAGUUGUAGAUUUCGCAGCUAUGAGAGAUGCUGUGAAAAGACUAGAAGGUGAUCCAGAUAAGAUAAACCCUAUCUGUCCGUCGGAUCUUGUUAUUGACCACUCAAUACAAGUUGAUUUUUAUAAAGGCACCGAUGCUUUGAAGAAAAAUGAAGACCUCGAAUUCGACAGGAACAAAGAGAGAUUUAUGUUCUUGAAAUGGGGUGCAAAGGCGUUUCAAAAUAUGUUGAUCAUACCACCGGGAAGCGGCAUAAUACAUCAAGUGAACUUGGAAUAUUUAGCUAGGGUGGUGUUCGAUUCUAAUGACUUGCUGUACCCUGACAGCGUGGUGGGUACAGACUCUCAUACGACCAUGAUCAACGGUCUUGGCGUGCUUGGAUGGGGUGUAGGAGGAAUCGAAGCUGAAGCCGUUAUGUUAGGACAAGCGAUGUCAAUGUUAGUGCCAAAAGUAGUCGGAUACAAAUUAGAGGGAACUCUGAAUCAAUAUGCUACUUCAACAGAUCUAGUUCUUACCAUUACAAAGAAUCUACGACAAAUCGGGGUCGUUGGGAAAUUUGUGGAAUUCUUCGGUUCAGGCGUAUCUCAACUGAGCAUCGCAGAUCGCGCGACAAUAUCGAAUAUGUGCCCGGAGUAUGGUGCCACGAUCGGUUUUUUCCCUGUUGACAAACAGAGUUUAGGAUACUUAAAGCAAACAGGACGAUCCAAUGAACAUAUUGAGAAAAUUGAGAAGUAUCUCACCGCCGUUCGUAUGCUGAGAAAUUACGAUGAUCCGAGCCAAGAUCCAGUCUUCUCCGAAAUCGUUACUUUGGAUUUAGGAACUGUGGUCUCCAGCGUUAGCGGACCUAAAAGACCUCACGAUCGCGUUUCAGUCACCGACAUGAAACAAGACUUCCGUAACUGCCUUACUAACAAGGUAGGAUUUAAGGGGUACGGUUUGUCUCCCGAGAAGAUAAACACCGUAGCUAUGUUUGAAUACGGAGGAAGGGAUUAUAAACUUAAGCACGGUUCCGUGGUUAUUGCCGCAAUUACCAGUUGCACUAACACUAGCAACCCUAGCGUUAUGCUUGGAGCAGGUCUCCUUGCAAAAAAAGCCGUUGAAGCUGGUUUGAGCGUCCAGUGUUACAUCAAAACAUCAUUAUCCCCGGGGUCUGGAGUUGUUACUUAUUAUUUAAAGGAAAGCGGUGUCGUCCCAUAUUUAACAAAAUUAGGAUUUGAAGUUGUCGGUUAUGGAUGUAUGACCUGUAUCGGGAACAGCGGACCCCUUCCAGAUGUUAUAGUCGAAGCGAUCGAAAAGAAUGGACUAGUAUGUUGCGGUGUGUUAUCCGGCAAUCGCAAUUUCGAAGGUAGAAUUCAUCCGAACACGCGGGCUAAUUAUCUGGCGUCGCCGCUAUUAGUGAUCGCAUACGCGAUAGCGGGAACGGUAGACAUAGAUUUCCAGAAGGAACCACUUGGUCAUCGACCGGAUGGGACUCCCGUUUACCUCCAAGAUAUAUGGCCUACCAGGUCGGAAAUUCAAGCUGUAGAACAAAAGUACGUGAUUCCGGCUAUGUUCAAAGAAGUUUAUAGCAAGAUUGAAAGGGGUAGUGAUAGCUGGGCUAAAUUAGUGGCUCCGGAGGGUAAACUGUACCCUUGGGAUACAGAAUCCACGUACAUAAAGAAUCCACCAUAUUUCGAAAAUUUGCAAAAGGAGUUACCGACAUUGAAACCUAUCAUCAAAGCGCGUGUUCUUUUAAACCUUGGUGACUCCGUCACGACAGAUCAUAUUAGCCCAGCUGGUAGCAUCGCCCGCAAUUCUGCUGCGGCGCGCUAUCUCAACAAUCGAGGACUGACUCCGAAAGAGUUCAACUCGUAUGGUUCGCGCAGAGGUAACGAUGCCGUGAUGGUACGAGGCACGUUUGCUAAUAUUCGUUUAGUGAACAAGUUCCUUAAAAAAGCAGGACCACGAACAAUUCACAUUCCCACUAACGAAGAGAUGGACGUUUUCGACGCAGCUGAAAAGUAUGCGAAGACCCAGACGCCUUUAAUAAUUCUUGUCGGGAAAGAAUACGGGUCAGGAUCUUCACGAGAUUGGGCCGCGAAAGGACCGUAUCUCCUUGGGAUUCGAGCAGUUAUAGCUGAGUCAUACGAAAGAAUACACAGGUCGAACUUGGUAGGUAUGGGUAUUAUCCCUCUGCAAUAUCUACCUGGCCAAAACGCGGAGUCCUUAGGAUUGACCGGCUACGAAUUGUACGACAUAAAUUUCCCCGAAAAUUGUCAGCCAGGACAAAACAUUACCGUUACUACUGACGAUGGAAAAAAGUUCGAAGUGCUUGUUAGAUUCGACACCGACGUAGAUAUAACGUAUUUCAAACACGGUGGUAUCUUAAAUUACAUGAUCAGAACAACGCUUUGAUAAGACUACUCGCAAUUCGGUGGAAUGCAAAUAAUUGUAUAAUGUUACUUAACACAAUUACUUAAUUUUGGGUCUGGAUUUCGUAGCAUAUAAUGCCUGAGUUUAUCCAAGUCUUUAUUUAUAGUCACUUUAAGAAACGGUGUAAGAACAAAUACAUUUUGUCAAUUUUUUUAAAUAUAUAUAUAUCUAUCUAUAUAUAUAUAUAUAUUUAUUUUUACGUACGUACUAUUGUUUUAAAAUGUUUUCUUUUUGUAACACAGAUAGAAUUCUAUUUAAAGUGGUACAGUCUAUUAAAGAGUUUAUAGAUGAAAUAUGGUGAAUCACAAGUCUUUUAGAUUUUAUAAUGAUUGUGUUUAAAAAAGAGUCGAGGAUAAAUUACUGUUUGUUAACAUAAUAAAGUGUUAAUGAUGACAUUUUUAAUCUGCAAGAAAAAUUUUCCAUUAUUUUGGAUGAUACAGAGUCGUUUCGUUUGUUUGUAGAUUUUAUUUUGCAUAAUAAAAUUAGUUUCCAAUCGGAUUACAGUUUAUUAUAGAAUAUAAAUCUAUUCUUUAGUGUAGAAUAUGUUCUUGUAAUUAAAUGCCUUAUAGGAAUGUUCCGAGAAUUUGAAUUGAACCAAACAUCGAUAAGUACGCAGUACAAAUGACUACUAUCAAAAUUUAGAGAAUAAACGAGGCUUCUCUUUGUGCCCAUGAAAUAAAACUGCAAACAAAUUAUAACGUUUAUUAUAAAAUGGAAAUAAAUGUUCACAGAGGAAAGAUGUUGAAAUA